CCUCCUCUUCAACUCCUACACAAAAAACACACAUUGCAUACCCAGGAAAAAAGUUCACCAUGAACUACAGAAUGACUAGUGCUAUCAGCCUUCUUGUGGUCGCCCUGCUCUUCUCUUCACUUCUCACGGCCAGUGCUCGCCAUGUGGUGACGCUCAAGAACAUCAGAGGGCGUGUGGCUGGUGAUGAUGCAGGAAAGGCGCCAGACCCUGUCGUUGUGAACGCCGGCGGCUCACGGCCGCUAAGAGCGGUGGAGACAUGGGGGGUGACGAAGCACCACCACCGGGAUGCGGUGGCCGAGAUGAACACCAUGCUCAGCAGGGACUACACAUCUCGCGCGACCCGCCGUAAGCCGGUCCACAACGACGAGCCGCUGGAGGAUGAGCCCUAAGCUUCACCAGGGUACCAGCAGACACACUGCUAGCUUAGGUACAUACUAUGUAGUUAGGGCCUUAGCUAGCUAGAGCCGGCGGAGCCGCUCUCUGAUUUAGUCGGUAGCAUGCACUACACCCAGUGAGCUUAGAUUUACAGGAUAUAUAUAGCUUUAUUUACCCAAAUAUUAUGGAAUAAUGCUAUGGUUGAUAGACUCAUGGCUGGCUAGACAGAAAAGCUGAGCAGCCCUGAUCUAGCCUCCAAGCUGGACAUCACGUUUAGCCCUGAUUUGCAAGAACCUGCAAGUUCUUGUGAAGGAAGUGCAGUUUUGUUGCUGAUGUUCACGCUUGGGGGGCCAUCCUACCUUAGUAGCAUAUAUAUGUAUGUCCACCAGAAUCAGGUUGGAAGAUAUCAGUGUUACAUUUAACAAUUUACAUGUGUCUGUAUUUUAAGA